CCUUUGGCACGCACCUGUCAUUGCUUGUGCCAGCUGCAUUGUGGGUACACAGACGAGUGGUACGCAAAGAUGGCUGAGAAGCAGAAGCACGAUGGACGGGUUAAAAUAGGACACUACAUCUUGGGGGACACGCUAGGAGUUGGCACCUUCGGAAAAGUGAAAAUUGGUGAACAUCAGCUGACAGGGCAUAAAGUUGCAGUGAAAAUAUUAAACAGACAAAAGAUUCGUAACUUGGAUGUUGUUGGCAAAAUAAAGAGAGAAAUACAAAAUCUUAAGCUUUUUCGGCACCCACACAUAAUCAAAUUAUACCAAGUCAUUAGCACUCCAACGGAUUUUUUUAUGGUCAUGGAAUAUGUCCCUGGGGGAGAAUUGUUUGACUAUAUCUGCAAACAUGGAAGGGUUGAAGAAACAGAGGCAAGACGCCUUUUUCAACAGAUCAUUUCUGCUGUAGAUUACUGUCACAGACAUAUGGUGGUUCACCGCGAUCUGAAACCAGAGAAUGUGCUGCUUGAUGCACACAUGAAUGCCAAGAUAGCUGAUUUUGGAUUGUCUAACAUGAUGUCAGAUGGGGAAUUCUUGCGUACCAGUUGUGGCUCUCCCAAUUAUGCAGCACCAGAAGUCAUAUCAGGAAGAUUGUACGCAGGUCCUGAGGUGGAUAUCUGGAGCUGUGGAGUGAUACUCUAUGCUUUGCUCUGUGGAACUCUACCAUUUGAUGAUGAACAUGUUCCAACACUUUUUAAGAAAAUAAGAGGGGGAGUAUUUUACAUCCCUGAGUACCUUAACCGCUCUGCUGCUACAUUAUUAAUGCAUAUGCUACAAGUUGACCCUCUCAAGCGUGCCACCAUCAAAGACAUAAGAGAACAUGACUGGUUUAAACAGGAUUUACCCAGUUACUUGUUUCCAGAAGACCCAUCGUAUGAUGCCAAUGUAGUUGAUGAUGAGGCUGUGAAGGAAGUGUGUGAGAAGUUUGAAUGUACAGAAUUAGAAGUUAUGAACAGUUUAUACAGUGGUGACCCACAAGACCAGCUUGCUGUCGCCUACCACCUUAUAAUAGACAAUCGAAGGAUAAUGAACCAGGCCAGUGAAUUCUACCUCGCCUCUAGUCCACCAACUGGCUCAUUCAUAGAUGAAAGCACUUUGCACAUCCCCCCUGGGGUGAAGCCACACCCAGAAAGAAUGCCACCUCUAAUAGCAGAUAGUCCCAAGGCAAGAUGUCCUCUAGAUGCUUUGAACACCACCAAGCCUAAACCCCUAACUGUGAAAAAAGCCAAGUGGCACUUGGGAAUCCGCAGUCAAAGUAAACCAUAUGAUAUUAUGGUUGAAGUUUAUCGAGCCAUGAAGCAACUUGAUUUUGAAUGGAAGAUAGUUAAUCCUUAUCAUCUCCAUGUGAGAAGAAAGAAUCCAGUGACUGGUACUUACGUGAAAAUGAGUUUGCAGCUGUACCAGGUUGAUAAUCGCAGUUAUCUUCUGGACUUUAAAAGUAUUGACGAUGAAGUAAUGGAACAAAAAUCAGGUUCUUCAACCCCUCAACGUUCUUGCUCUGCAGCUGGCCUGCACAGACCGCGCCUGAGUAUUGAUUCAACCACAUCAGACUAUUCAGCGCCAAGUGGACCUCUCUUUGGCUCUUUCUCAGGCAGUUUUAGUUUAGUUAACCCUCGCUUGGGGAGCCAUACCAUGGAUUUCUUUGAAAUGUGUGCUAGUCUGAUUACAGCACUGGCUCGUUAACAAGCCGUCAUAAUUUGCACAGUAUGUUAGAGAGCACUGUGAAUAUUUUAUUGACGCUAUUCUAUUGCCUUGGGAAUUGUGUACAGUGCAAGCUUUUAAGCACCUAGACACCGCAAACCCUAAAAAAGCUGCUAUUUAUUGUCCUUAUAAUUAGAAUUAUACUGCAGAAUGGGAAGUGACAUCGAAACAAUCCAGGAUAAUUAUACUAAACUACAACUUAGUUACUCUUCAGUGUGCUAACCUAUUAACGAAAAUGACGUGUAUUUAUUUGGAUAUUAUGAUAGUAGAGUUAUGAAAAGCAGCUUUUAUUUUUAUAAGAAUAUUGCUCUCAUUAUACACGGAUGAAGUUGCCUUUUUGAUUUAUUGUAUAGUAUUUGUAUUCUGCAAUUAACAGAGGUGUAAGAGAAAGAAAAGCUGUAGUAAAAUGUAUUUCAUUAAUUAAUGUUUUUGUGCUAAGCAUCUAUACAGUAAAGGGUUACAAAUGCUG